AAUCAGUGGAUUCCUGAAGAUGACUUUCGUUGAAGAGUUCUGUUGAGGUAAUUGCUUGGGUUAGAAUUUGAAAAUAGAGUAUAAUUCAAGUGUUUUGUCAUUGAUGCCACUACUGUAGGUGAAAGAAAGAGGAAAUUCUGACAGAUAUGGUCGAUUUCUCGUAUGUUAAUCAAUGGGAAGCCAUGGAUUUCGACAAAUCUCCUGUAAUUCGUAUUGGGUCUUGUUAAAAGAACUUUCUUCUUUAUUUAUUUUUUCUUUCUGCCCAUUUGGGAGAGACCUCCUUUAUCCCAAAAGAGCCAUCUUAGAAAACUAAAUUUUAAUGGCAAUUGUUCAUUUGGGUCCGCGGAAUUUGAAGUGGGGUGCUUGAAUUUUGGUAUCUGUUAGUUAUAGAAAGUGAACCGAAAUAAUCAAUGGAUAAUUAGGGUUUAGAAGAGGCUGAUUUUCUGUAUGGCGAACGUCUCUACGCUGUCGAAUCAGUGGAUUCCUGAAGAUGACCUUUUGUUGAAGAAUUCUGUCGAGGCAGGUGCCUCAUUGGAAGCACUUGCCAAAGGCGCAGUACAAUUUUCGCGGAGAUAUACUUUACGAGAACUCCGUGAGAGAUGGCAUUCUCUUCUCUACGAUCCCGAGAUUGCAGCUCAAGCCUCGGCCCGUAUAUUCGAGCUCGAGAUCUCUGGCUUCUGCCCCGGCUCAAAGUUGAGCAAACCGGAGAAUGAAAUUUCAAAGAAGAAGAGGAAAAACGAGAGCAUCCGCAGAAGAUACUACGCCAUGAGGAAGAAAUUCCGCAUCGAGUUUUUAAAUCACACUGAUCUCGGUUUCUUCGAAUCCAAUCCUCAUGACCAGUCGAGACUUGAUGGUAAUGACCAAUUAGGACUCGAGGAAGAUGAUUUAGAUAUUCUGCUCCAUGCAUUUCCAGGUACAAUACAAGAUGCGCCUGGUACAAGCAAUCAAAACAUGUGCAUCUAUGAAUGUGCUGGAAAAAGUCAAAUAGAUGAUAAUCAUGCAGUCAUGUAUGCCGUGGAAAAAGAAAAUAGCUCGCCAGCUUACACAGGUGAGUUUGCUGACCCGGACUCACUUCUGAACCUGUCGAAUGAAGAAGAGAUACUCUUGGUGGAUGUUGAUGAAAAAAAAGAUAUAGAAAAUAAAUGUGCUAUGGAUAUAUCAAAUAAAAGCAGCGAGGAAAAUGAUACUGCAAAAGUUGAACCCGAGACCUUGGAACCCUCAGAAGCUACUGUAGAUACUUCGGGCUCGAAAGUUGACUUGCCAUCAGAGUUGACUCGGAAGUGCGAUUUGGUCGAGCUUUGUCAUGGCGAGAUAUGCUGCACGUUAAACACAGAGGACCCUGAGAUUCCGUGUAAUGAUGAUAUAUUCUUGCUAAUUCAUCCUUCCAUGUCGUCUGGCUCACCUACACCACAGCCAAACAGAACAGGUUUUGGGAAUGCAUGUGAUCCUACUUAUGAGAAGGUUAAUGGGCAAGAAUUGAACUCACCAAUAAAAGGCAAAGAUUUGGUUCACCCGUUUGCUAGUUCGGCUAAAGCUGAUGUUCCUGCAUUUGUCAACAAGACCAUCGGGAAUUCCAGUAAAGGAAAAUCCCAAAGUACAAUCCCAAAACCAUGCAAUAGUGGCAUAUCCAGGAAAGAAGAAGUUGGAGUUAGUACGAAGGUUCGAGACAGCCAAGCAACAAUCAUACGAUCCAUGGAAGCAGGUUCUGCUAGUACCUCAGUUCCAGAAUUAUUGGUCAACGAGUCAUUAUCUGAUCAUGAAGAAUCACAGAUUGAUGAUGACGUGCCUUAUUAUUCUGACGUGGAAGCUAUGAUUCUUGAAAUGGACUUGGAUCCAGAUGAUCAAGGCGUCAGGCAAGUUCCAAGUUACCAAUACGAUGAUACUAAAAGGACAAUAAUAAGGUUGGAACAAGCUGCUCAUUCUUGCGUACAAAGAGCCAUGACAUUACAAGGAGCGCUUGCUCUCUUAUACGGCCGCCAUUUGAGAUAUUACAUUAAGAAACCUGAGGUUUUACUUGGCAGAUCUACAGAUGAUUUUGAUGUUGAUGUUGAUCUAAGGAAAGAAGGAAGAGCCAAUAAAAUAUCCAGGCGGCAGAUAAAGGGAAUGAGUUUCGUUUUUGAGAUCAACCAACGAUUCGUGAGGACUUGA